GUCAUUGCCACCCGAUCGACGUUUCGUUCCAUUGCUGAGCUCUUGCGGCACAACGUCAGUUUAUACGGCGACAGCCCUUACCAAUGUUAGACGAAGAAAAUCAGCUUCUUCCCGACGAGAAAGAAGUCCAACUUCAGGACCCUUCCUCGAAACCUCAACCCAGCAAGGAACGGCAGUCGCAUGAACAGCAACCAGCAGACGACGUACGACAUGACGAUCAGUCGCAACAAGAAGAGCCUGCCGCGGUCGGCGGCGAAGAGAAGACUCCUGAAAUGACUGGAUCGAAGAUCAAGUCUUCGUCCUUCCAGAUGGGUCUUCUCACAAUACUCAUGGUGAUCGGUGUCAUCGUUGGCAUUGCUGGUGGUCUCAUUGCGAGGAAGCACGUCAAGCAUCUCACGAAACGCCAGCUCAUGUACGUGUCAUUUCCUGGCGACAUCCUAUUGCGGCUUCUACGCCAGGCCGUCUUGCCUCUCGUGACGGCCAGUAUUGUGGCAGCUAUUGGAGUCGUUGACAUACGGUUGGCUGGUCGAAUGGGCAAGAUCGCCGUCAUGUACUUCACAGCGUCCACCAUCGUCGCGGAGAUCGUGGGCAUAGUACUCGUGGCCAGCAUCAGGCCAGGAGAAACGAGCACUGGCGACAGCGGAGACCAGCCUGCUGAAAGGCCGAGAGUAUUCCUAAUCGCAGACGCUAUCCUAGAUAUCAUACGGAAUCUGGUGCCACCGAACAUCGUAGAGGCCUGUCUGUACACGUGGGCCACGAAAAUCACGAUGCCUCAAGAAUUCAACUCGAGCGACCCAGGGAAUUGGACGGCGGAGACUGCGGAGUUCGUCGUAGACCGUGUUCAAGGCACCAACAUACUUGGUCUUUUGACUAGUGCAAUGGUAUUGGGCAGCAUUCUCGCCGCACAUUCACAACGAUCUGCUCCGCUAAUCGAGGUCUUCGUGGCGCUCAGUGAUGCCAUGUUGGUCUUCAUACGCAUUCUGAUGUGGUACGCGCCCGUGGGAAUCUGUUUUCUUAUCGCCCACCGCAUUUUGGCCACUCCUAAUCUGGGAGAAGCGUUGGUCCAAAUGGGAAUGUACAUAAUCACUGUGCUUGUGGGUCUUUCCCUUCACGCGUUGGUCACGCUGCCCACCUUCUACAUCCUCUUGGUCGGGCCACGAACCCUUUGCAAGUUCUUCGGUGCGAUGGUGACCCCGGCCAUGACGGCUUUCGGUACGUCUUCUAGUUCGGCCACCAUUCCGGCAACUAUUACGGCACUAGAGGACCGGAUGGGAUUGGAUCCUCGUGUUGUCCGUUUUAUGAUCCCCAUCGGAGCUACGGUCAACAUGGACGGCGCUGCAUUAUACGAGGCGGUUUCCGCUAUAUUCAUCGCUCAGAGGAGAGGCAUGGAACUGGACGCAGGACGCAUCCUUGCUAUCAGUUUGACGGCGACACUUGCGAGCGUGGGUGCCGCUGGAAUUCCGGGCGGAGGUCUCACAACCAUGGUGCUUGUGCUCGAAUCUGUGGGGCUUCCUGCGGAAGACGUCAGCAUAAUCGCCACCGUCGAUUGGUUCCUGGACCGUUUCCGCACUGUGGUGAACGUAAUGGGAGACGCCGUGGGCAGUUCUGUCGUGAACGCCAUCUGCAUAAAGGAACUUGAGAAACAUCAUCAAAAGUAGAAGCGGACUAAGAAGAAGUCACGCGCAGCUGUUCCAUAAGCAAAACUAUAUUAUAAAGGAAAUAUUCGCCCA